ACUAACAUCACAGACUUAACCCCUAAGCUUCUCUAUCUCUCCACCGCCUAUAAAAACGUGUCACCCUCUCAACCCCAAAACACCAAACAAACUCAUUUCAUCCCAUUCCAUAUUUAGCUAAUAAAUAAAAUCAAAAUUAUUCAUGGAAGAAGAAAGAGAAUUGAAAAUGGUUGAAGGAGGUGAAAUCUUUUACGGCCUAGAUUUCUACGUCUUACCUGAAGGUUGCAUCGCUGCCGUUGUUUCCUACACUAGUCCUCGUGAUGCGUGUCGUUUCUCUUCCAUUUCUAGAAUCUUCAAGUCUGCUUCUGAUUCUGAUGCUGUUUGGGAGAAUUUCCUGCCGUCCGAUUACCGUCUCAUUCUUUCGAGAUCCGACGGUGCUCUUUCUCUCUCCAAAAAACAGUUAUUCAUGCAUCUCGCUGAUAAUCCCCUUCUCAUCGAUGACGGUGCUUUGAGCUUUUCAAUAGAGAAAUCAACCGGCAAAAAGAGUUACAUUAUAUCUGCGAAGAAUCUGAGCAUUGUUUGGGCUGAUACACCAAGAUAUUGGACAUGGCAUUCUGAUCCUAAGUCGAGGUUUUCUGAAGUAGCAGAGCUUGUUACUGUCUGCUGGCUUGAAAUUAAAGGGAAAAUAGAGACAUCCCUAUUAUCUCCAAACACAGAUUAUGUUGCUUACCUUGUCUUCAGGAUGGAGAGAGAUGCCUACGGGUUCUACUCCCCGGCUGAGGUUACACUUUUGACUGCUGAAGGCAAACCCGUAACUGAGAAGUUUUAUUGGGAGUCCCAGGAGAGGUACCAAAUUGUACCCAGGCGUGUUGGUAUUUUCAACCAGUUCAGGGCUCCUAUGUCAAGGACUCAGUCGACGACUCAGGGAGAGGUUGAUCAAGCAAAGCUUCCAAAGCAAAGAUCAGAUGGAUGGCACGAGAUCAAAAUCGGGGAAUUCUCAACUGGCAGAGAUGAUAAUGAAGAAGUGGAGAUGGAAGUGUUGGAUGUCAAAGGUGGGAAUUGGAAAGGUGGUUUGGUUGUUGAAGGAAUUGAGAUUAGACCAAAAAUUGCCAUGGAAUAAAGAAAGGAGGAGAGUUACAAUCAACUACUCACUAGUUAUUGUUUUUAAUUAAGUCUAUUCGUUUAUUUCUUAUUAGCUUGCUAAAUUUCUUGAUCAAUGACAGAUUUGUUGGACGGUUUUAUCGUUCUUCACUUCUUCAGCAGCCGUACCAUCUUUUUACUGCUUGUUUUAGAUCAGAAUAAGAACUGUUUUCAAAGAAUGGUGAAGCUAUUUGUUGUAGUACUCUGUAAUGGAAGAUAUAAUUUGUACGAUUUCACCUUAUGAUAUACGUAGUACUUCGUACGUUACCGAA